GAAAAGGCAAUUAGGGUUUUGAGUUUCUUGUGUUCGUCUCUGCGGCGCUGCGAGUUACGGUUUUCUUUUCUGUCUUUCGAACAGCGAGAAAUCAACGAUGGGUCACUCGAACGUUUGGAAUUCGCAUCCUAAGAGCUACGGUCCUGGUUCUCGUGCCUGCCGCGUGUGUGGAAACCCUCAUGGGAUAAUUCGGAAGUAUGGGCUGAUGUGUUGCAGACAGUGCUUCCGCAGCAAUGCCAAGGAAAUUGGCUUCAUCAAGUACCGCUGAAUGAUGAGGAAAUCUUUCGUUGGUUGGAGAUUGUCUAGAAAGUGCUUGGAUUAGCUGUUCUUCUUUUUUCCAAUGUUCCCUUUUCAUUCCACCACUAAUGUAAUCGACGAGAUCUAAAUGUUGCUAUUAUUAUUUUUGGUUGAUAUUUGAGCCAGAUAUAAAGUAGUAGUUGUUUGGAGUAUGAAUUAUUUCUUAAUUUUAUCAUAGUUCUGAUUUCUUCUCUC